AUGAUGGCGCCGCCAAAAUUAGACCGAGUCGGCUGCGCCUUAAAGCAAUCGACACAACAGUGCUGUCUGCCACCAGCACGCACCAUGGGGUCGUACAUCUCGAUCAUGAACGACGGGCCCGUCAACCAGUUCCAGGUCGAUGUCUGGGUCAAAUUCAGCACCACCCCGCCGAUGGCUUCGACUGUGUUGGCACUUGCCCCCGGCGCGCCGGGCGUCGUCGCCGCCAUCCCCUCGACAAACAGCAGCCUGGGCACAGACACUGUCGUUAUCAUCGACUCUGAUACCGCCUCGGAAACAUUCGGGCUGACCCCAGAUGCCACGAACCCAGGAAACCUACUUGCCAACAUAAUCGGCGCAGCGUCUAUCGACGACGGCUACAGCUACAUACCGCGCGGGGACGUGCUCCGGAGCGACCGCGUCGACGUCAGCUCCAAAGUGUUCGUCCAAUGGCACAUGGUCUCGGUCAACAACCCGCAGACCGUCGUCCUCUUCGGCGGCGUCCAGUCCUUCCUCAGCGGCAACACGACGAACGGCGACAACCGCUUCCUGUUCCUGGAGUCGUUCUUGGCGCAGAGCGGCGUGGACACCCGCCUGGUGAACCCGAUCCUGAACAACGACACCCGGGCGGCGGCGCUGGUUGCCCAGUACGAGGCGAUGAUACAAAGCGAGGACACCUCCGCGUUCACUGUUGUGAAGACAGCCUCGCAGCCGCCAUGCUCCUUGAUUGGGAUGCAGGCGUUGGAUUGA